AUGACAGGAUUGAUGUAUCACCGUCCUAUUGAUCAUUUAAACUAUUUACAACAAUGUAUUGAGAAAAUCAAAAUGCAUGGUGUAGAAGGUGUACGAUGGGAUUUAUUUUUACAGCCCAAAGCCGUAGAACGAUCAGCUUUACAUUUGAAUGCAGAAAUUGAUGAUAAUUCACAAUAUGAUCCACAUCCUGGGAUCAGUUCAACUAAACUCGAUAUUAAGCCUAGUGCUGUGAUCAUAUGUAUUGUUGCUGGUCCAGGUGUAGAUAAAUCAAUAUUUUCCUCAGGAAUUAUUCCACAUUAUCCUAACUUUAUUUAUGUGAAUAUGGCAACAUUAUUAAAAAAACGAGCAAAAAUUGAAGCAGAGAAGAAAACACCCCGUUGGCCAGAAGCUGUAAAAAUGAUUAACAGUGGAGAAUUUUUGCCAUCUGAUAUGGUUUUAGAAUCAUUUCUAUGGAAGUUGAAUCAGCAUGCUAGUGCAGAUGGCUUUAUAGUUGAUGGUUAUCCAAGAAAUGAGAGACAGUAUUCAGAUCUUAAAAAGCAUGUGAAUAUGGAGAGAUUAGGUUGUGUGAUUCUACUCGAUGUUAGUGAAGAAUUUUGUAGACAACGUUUAAGUGAAAAAGAAUCUCAAGCUGAUAAAUAUUUCAAAAACAAUGAAUCAGGAUCAGUGGAACGUCGUCUUUGUUUAUUUAAAACUCAAACGCUGCCAACAUGUAAACUUAUUGAUAAUGAUGAAAAACUUAGAGUUGUUGAUGGUGAAAAUAAACCAGAUGUAAUUGCAAAAGAUAUUUUGAAAGUGUGUGAAUAUAUACUUUCUGGAAAUAUGAUUGGGCCAGAAACACGUCCAUCUCCAGGUACUGUACCCAACAAACCAAUUCCUACUGCAAGUCAUGGCAUGAUGGGAUGUGAAGAUAGAAUGCGUGCAUUCAAUAUUCCACGAAUUACACCAAUAUUUCCUGACAAUGGUCGUUCCAGCGAUCUUUAUAGUUGCCCUAUAAUACUGUUAUUUGGUGGUCCAGCUUCUGGACGUACUGAACAAGCUGGAGCAUUAUGCAAAAAGUUGCCUGGUUUAAAACACUUUAAUGUAACUGAUUAUUUAAGAAAACGUGUAUUAGAUUUAAUUGAUGAAGAUAGUGAUAAGGACUGGGAUGUAAUUGCACGUCGAGUGCAUUCCAGUGAUCCACCAACUGACAAAGAUCGGAUCAUUCCAGAGUAUUGGGAUGUACAAGUUGAUAUAAUUCGUCAAGAGUUUAGUAAUAUUGCAAUCAAUAGUAGAGCUCUGAAUACUUUUAAUCAACAUAUUGGUGGUGUUGACUUAGCGAUACUGUUGGAUUGUGAAGAAUCUAGUCUAAAUGAACGAUUACGUCAAAGGUAUGCACGUUUAAAUCGUGUUGAAGAUCAAGAAUCAGUAGCAGGACAGCGUAUACUAUUCUUCAAGUACUGUACAUUACCUGUUGUAAGACAUUAUGAUGAACGAAGUAAACUAGUCACAAUUCCUGGUGAUCGAGAACAACAUCUUGUCCUGAAUGAUUUAAUUGCAGUUGUUGAAUACUUUCUGCGUAAAAAAGAAACAGCUAAUGGGAAUACAAAUAAUUCAGCUUUUGUCUCAGAAGAAGUUAUUCCACAUAUGUCGCAAAUGAUAAAAGAUGGUGAUAACCAAAUAGUACCUCAAAAUAAUAUAAUAGAUGAUGAUAAAUCACUUGAAACAAGUUAUGAUGAAAGUUUAGAUAAAGAGCAAGAGAAUUCAGCAUUACAGUUAUUUACAAUACUCGAAUUUCCCAAUAAUGAACCGACUUCAUCUGAAUUAAAGUUAGAUAACACAACAGUCAAUGAUGAUGCUGAAUCAUGGAGCGAUAUUUUAAACAAAUGCAAAUUUAUCUUCAUUCUGGGAUGCUCUGAAAAUAUUCGAAAAGAAUAUUGCAACCGUUUAGUAAAACAAUUUGAUUCUAUUCAUAUUUCAAUGGACAGUGCUAUGGAUAAGGCCGACGGUAAUGACAAUCCCUUGAAGAAAUUACUUCAGCUUAUUAGAGAAAACUUCUCUAAAGAUAGUGUUUCUAAGGAUUAUAUUAUCAGUGGUAUACCAAACAGUUUAGAGCAAGCUGAAGAAAUCGAAGCAUUUAACGAUUCUUUAAAGUUUUCCAACUAUGUAACAGAAAAUAUUGCCACUGUUGAUGAGACUAAUAUUGAGUCAGAAUUAAUAAGUUUCCUUGAAACAACUGGAAAACUACAUCGUAUUUAUUCCAUUUCAUCGAUACGGCAAUCAUGGAAGUAUAUUGCUUAA